UGCUCAUCAUUCAUUCUUCAACCUCAUCCGACAGAGAGAGUAUUAGCGAGGGGAGAGCAGCUGAGACGCUGCCAGUAAAGGAUCAGCCAUGCUUGGAAGCAUUCCCAAAAACGUCUUGGUCGCAGUGACUCUACUCUUUGUAACUCAGACAGGGACUCAGUGCAGGGCUGAAACUGACUUUUCAUUAGUUACUUUACCAGAUUGGAGGUCAAGUUCAGAAUAUGUUACACAGUGUUUCUACGACAGACACAACCAUCUGAUUUGUGAUUGGAACCAACAAACCGAGGAUGGCGUAGUGACUGUUUUAGAGAGUGGUCCACUGAGGCUGGAGGGCAAGGCCUGUCUGGAGUUUUGGUACUUAUCCUCAGCUGCGACUAAUGGGUCAGAAUUUCGUGCUCUACUGAAGAGCAGCGUUGGUCUGAGAGCAAUCUGGACCUUGCCUGCCCUCCACACGAAUGCUUGGAGACAAGUGUUUGUUCCCUUGGACAUCAUCGAACCAGGCACUCAGGUCGUAAUCAAAGCAGUGUCCAUGGAGGGACCGUUCACAUUUAACCGGAUGGGUGUAAGGAGAGGCUCAUGUGGACCCCAGUGUGAAUCUGACACAGAGUUAUGGACAGAUGAGUCCACCCGCUGCCUCUGUCAUGGUGGUCAGCUCUCUUGCUUUCCCUCUCAGUGCCCUAAGGGCCAAAUCUGCGGACCUCAAAUAGGAAGAUCCAGUGGGAUUUCUGCAUCUGGGACUUGCACUAUACACAGUCACACAGACUGCAGCACUUUUGAUGGAGAGGUGUUCCGCUUCAUGGCGCCCUGCACCUACACGCUGGCGAAGACCUGCUCACCCUCUGAGGCCAUGCCCAUGUUCAGUGUGGAAGUGGUCAAUGAGAAGAACUUGAACUCAUCUCUGCCGACUGUUCAGCAGGUCAUUGUGGAAAUGGGGAAGUUCAGAGUUUCCCUGCUGAAAAGGCAGACACACCGGAUUGUGGUUAAUGGGGUCUGGAAAAAGCUUCCACUGAAACUCGGCAAUGGAACUUUCAACAUCAAGAGCAACCCCGCUGCUGUUGAACUGGGAUCCAGUUUUGGUCUUUCGGUCUCAUACGACAACGCUGGUGCUGUCCAUCUCGUCCUGCCAUCCACUUACUCUGAUAAAGUCUGUGGCUUGUGCGGAAACUAUAACCACUUCAGAAACGACGACUUCAGAAAGCCCGAUGGAACAAUUGCCCACAAUGCUACAGCUUUGGCUAAGAGCUGGCAGUCUGGGCAAGCCACCUCCUCCUGUGAAACCAUCCUAGUACCUCAUCACUGUGACCCACAGGAGAUGGCUGAGUAUUCCAGUGAGCCUUACUGUGGAGGCCUCCUCUCGAGCACUGGGCCCUUUGCUGACUGCCUAUCAGUUCUGGGGGCAGAGAGCUACUUCAGGGGCUGUGUGGUUGACAUGUGCUCUACCCAUGGUGACCCAGUGGUACUAUGUGAGGCAUUACAGUUGUACGCUGAUAUCUGCCAGGAGGCUGGAGUCUCCAUACCCAUAUGGAGGAACUCUACAUUCUGUCCCCUACAGUGUGGUGAGAACAGCCACUAUAACUCAUGCGCCGAUGGCUGUCCCGAGGUAUGCUCCAGUCUGGAUAUAGUUGGCUCCUGUGGAAGCUGUGAGGAAAGAUGCGAGUGUGACUCUGGCUUAAAGCUCAGCGGUGGACAGUGUGUCCCAGCAGAGGACUGUGGGUGCUGGUAUGAUGGAAAGCAUUAUGAGAAAGGAGCAGCAUUCUGGGAGGGAGAGUGUGUGCAAAUGUGUCAUUGCAUGGGUAAUAAUGGCAUGCAAUGCAUCACAAUGCAAUGUGCAGACAAGGAGGUUUGCAAGGUCAAGGAUGGGAUGAAAGGCUGCUUCCCUUUCAAACCCGCGACCUGCAGCGUGUAUGGUGACCCACACUAUAUCACAUUUGACGGCAUGGCAUAUGACUUUCAAGGAGGCUGCGGUUACACGCUGACUACCACGUGCGGAGAAGAAAGCUCAUUCCAGUUCACAGUGAUUGGACACAACAUGCACCCCAGCCAUCAGAACUUCACCCGAUCCAAGCUUGAAGCUGUGGCUCUUCAGGUUGAGGAUCUAUACCUCAUCCUGAAUCAGAGUGGAGAGGUCUAUGUGAAUAACAGCACUGUCCAACUCCCUUAUUCCACUUAUGGCACAUACGGCUCAGUAUGGGUCGACCAGAAAAAAAACUAUAUUGUCUUGGAAACAACCUUUGGCCUCAGAAUGACAAUAGACACACGGAACAGACUCUUCCUGCAGGUGGAUGAGCGCUACAAGUAUGAACUGUGUGGACUGUGUGGCACCUACUCUGAACGCCAGGACGAUGACUUUGUAGCACCAGGAGGCCAAAAUGCUACUGGGCCAUUUGAGUUUGGUGACAGCUGGAAGGUGCCAGGAAAUAAUGAGUGUAUUUCCCAUCCAAAUGAUCCAAAAUGGUGUGAUUAUAAUGAGGAAAAUCAGGCCUACAAUGAGUGUUACACCCUACUCGGGGACGCUUUCAGCCCCUGCCAUGAACUCAUUCACCCAAGCAUCUACCUCAAGAGUUGUGUGUAUGACUACUGCGCCACCAGUGGUGACCAACACACCCUAUGUGAAUCUCUCAAGUCCUACGCAGCAGCAUGCCAGGUUGCAGGAGUGGAGCUGCCCCACUGGCAGACAAACACAGCCUGUGUCUGUCCCAUAAACUGUGACUUUGAAAACAAUCUGUGUGGGUGGGAGCAAAUCGUACAGGACAGUUUUGAUUGGAAAAGACAUUCAGGACCCACCCCAUCAGGCUUAACUGGACCAAACCAAGACCACACCACUGGAGCUGGUUUCUACAUGUAUAUCGAGGGGACUAAUGUAACCCAUGGAGAUUCAGCUCGUUUGUGGAGCUCAAUGUGCCAUUUUAAUGGCCCACUCUGCCUGCACUUCUGGUACCAUAUGUCGGGUUCAGCCACAGCCAUGGCCCUCAAUAUCUACCUUCUCAAAGACAAUAAAGCUACCAAGCUCUGGGUCAAGAUGAACAACCAGGGACUAGAAUGGUAUCCAGGAAUUGUUGACAUUAGAGAGUCGGGUCCAUUCCACAUCAUAGUUGAGGGAAUUCGAGGCUCGAAUGCUCUUUCAGAUGUGGCCAUUGAUGACAUUUCCAUCCACUUUGGCUCAUGCUCAGGUAGCUUCCCUGACCUGAUUAGUGGAACUGUGCCUCCUUCCACAACUGUGGAAGUCCUCCCCUCACUCCGGGUCUGCAAUAUAGACUGCAGCUUCGACAGCAACCUUUGUAGCUGGACUCAGAUGGUGACAGAUGCUUUUGACUGGACACGGCAAAGUGGUUCCACCCCAACCCUGAUGACUGGUCCAUCUGCUGGCCACACUGGUGAUGGUCACUAUCUUUACAUUGAGGCCAGCAAUGUGACAUAUGGAGACACGGCUCGUCUCAUCAGCUCUGAGUGUUCUGCCUCUGGUCCUAAGUGUUUGCAGUUCUGGUACCAUAUGUACGGCUCAGCAGAUACAAUGGGCCUCCAUGUUUACCUGCUCCAGAACAGAUUAGCCGAUGCUGUUUGGUGGAAGAGAAAUAACCAUGGAAAUAUGUGGCAACUGGCUCAGGUCGAUAUCACAACCACUGCGGAUUUCCAGAUCAUCAUUGAGGGGCGCAGAGGCUCCAACAAAGAGUCCGAUGUGGCAAUCGAUGAUGUAAAGCUUUACCAAGGCCAAUGCUUUGAUGUGAGUACUGUUGUGACAAGUGCUCCUAAACCUGAUGGAAACACAACUCUUCCAAUUGUCCCAGAGCCAACCAACUUCAUUAAUUGGGGACAUGUUACUGAAGAUCCAGAUAUUAGACUACCACCAUACUCAAUAUGCCAACUCAACUGCAAUUUUGAACAAGAUCUAUGUCAGUGGAAUCAACUUCUUACUGAUGUAUUUGACUGGACAAGGUAUCGUGGCUCCACUCCUACUAAGAUGACUGGGCCUUCUUCAGAUCACACCACGGGAGAGGGACACUAUCUUUACAUCGAAGCCAACAGCGCGUCACAUGGAGAUACAGCUCGUCUCAUCAGCUCUGAGUGUUCUGACUCUGGACCUCAGUGUCUGCAGUUCUGGUACCAUAUGUACGGUUCAGCAGAUACAUUGGGCCUCCAUGUCUACUUGUUCCAGGACAGAAAGGCAAACGCUGUUUGGCGGAAGAGAAAUGACCAAGGAAAUAUGUGGCACAUGGCUCAGGUGGACUUGACAACAACUGGAGCUUUCCAGAUAAUAAUUGAAGGCCGAAGAGGUUCCAACGAUCAGUCCGACGUUGCCAUAGAUGAUGUAUCACUUCAUCAUGGGCAAUGCACAGAAACAGUGGGUACGGAGUUACCUCCAGCGAACACCUCAACUACUACACAAACAUCAAUUUCAUUAAAACCACAGCCAACACUGACAACUACCUUUACUACAACAACAACAACAACAACUAGAUCACAGCAACCAAUAACAUCAACACCAAUAACAACUAGCACAACUGGACCCCAAACCACAGCUACACCUUCCCCAACAACAGCGCACCCAGGAGUUGGAACUCCAGAGCAACCAGAACCUGAAAUGACAGCAAGACCAGAGCAACCGGCUACAUCUACUAAUGGACCCCAAACCACACCGAGACCCGACCCACCAACAACAGCGCACCCAGGAGUUGGAACACCAGAGCAACCAGAACUCGAAUUUACAGAAAAAACUCAAACAACAGCAAGACCAGGGCCACCAGCUACAUCUACUAAUGGACCCCAAACCACAGCCAGACCCUACCCACCAACAACAGUGCUCCCAGGAGUUGAAACUCCAGAGCAACCAGAACCUGAAAAGACAGCAAGGCCAGAGCAACCAGCUACAUCUACUAAUGGACCCCAAACCACAGCCAGACCCCACCCACUAACAACAGUGCACCCAGGGGUUGAAACUCCAGAGCAACCAAAACCUGAAUUUACAGAAAAACCUCAAAUGACAGCAAGACCAGAACAAACAGCAACAGCUACUAAUGGACCCCAAACCACAGCCAGACCCCACCCACUAACAACAGUGCACCCAGGAUUUGGAACUUCAGAGCAACCAGAACCUGAAAUGACAGCAAGACCGGAGCAACCAGCUACAUCUACUAAUGGACCCCAAACCACAGCGAGACCCGACCCACCAACAACAGCGCACCCAGGAGUUGGAACACCAGAGCAACCAGAACCUGAAAUGACAGCAAGACCGGAGCAACCAGCUACAUCUACUAAUGGACCCCAAACCACAGCGAGACCCGACCCACCAACAACAGUGCACCCAGGAGUUGGAACACCAGAGCAACCAGAACUCGAAUUUACAGAAAAAACUCAAACAACAGCAAGACCAGGGCCACCAGCUACAUCUACUAAUGGACCCCAAACCACAGCCAGACCCCACCCACUAACAACAGUGCACCCAGGAGUUGGAACUUCAGAGCAACCAGAACCUGAAAUGACAGCAAGACCGGAGCAACCAGCUACAUCUACUAAUGGACCCCAAACCACAGCCAGACCCCACCCACUAACAACAGUGCACCCAGGGGUUGAAACUCCAGAGCAACCAAAACCUGAAUUUACAGAAAAACCUCAAACGACAGCAAGACCAGGGCCACCAGCUACAGCUACUAAUGGACCCCCAACCACAGCCAGACCCUACCCACCAACAACAGUGCGCCCAGGAGUUGAAACUCCAGAACCUGAAUUUACAGAAAAACCUCAAACAACUGCAAGACCAGAACAGACAGCUAUAUCCAAUGAACCCCCAACCACAAUAAGCCAUGAAACUACAGCUGGAUCACAACCACCAACAACAGUUAGAUUACAACCUUCAACUGAAAUUCAGCCAGAGCCACCAACCACAGCUCAACCACAACCUCCAACCACAGUUAAACACCAAUCCACUACAGCUUCACCACAGCCCACAACAACAGCUGGACCACAACCUUCAACAACCAACAAACCACAUUCCACAACAGAUAGACCUCGGCCUACAACCACGGCCAGAACACAAUCUCCAACUCCACAUUUACCAACACCCUCUUGCCCAGUGAACAGUCAUUACACAACUUGUGUCCCUCCAUGCAGUCCAACCUGUAAACACCUGAAUGGCCCACCAGGCUGCAGUGACAAUGAGGGUUGUGAGAAGGGUUGUGUUUGUGAUGAAGGCUUUGUGUAUACAUGGAGGGCUUGUGUGCCUAUCCAACAAUGUGGAUGUGUGGACAGGAAUGGCACAGGACAUCACUUCAAUGAAGUGUGGUACACCAAUCACUGCAGUCAGAAAUGUGAAUGUGAGAAAGACCAUGGAGUGGGCAAGAUUGACUGCGAUGACAAAGAUGAGUGCGAUGGAAAUGCUGUCUGCCUUCAAAAUGUGGAGGGAAAUUAUUACUGCCAGUCUACAGACUUCAACGAGUGCACUAUCAGGGGAGACCCAGAGUACAGAACAUUUGAUAAAAUGAAGCAUGAGUUUAACGGUAAGCACUCAUAUGUGCUGGUCCGGACCAACAACUUGCCAAAUUACCUUCCACACGUGUACAUCGAGGGCAUCAAUGAUGACGAUGACAGUCAGCAUCAUGGCGACAGUAGCAGUGAAGAACACCACAGCCACAGAGUGAGGGAUGAAGACGAUGAAGAUGAAGAUGAGGAUGAGGAUGAUGAGGAUGAGGAUGAUGCUCACAAACAUCAUCACCACAGUGAAGAAGAGGAUCGGGAACACUAUAGAUUAAAAGAGCUAAAGAUCAGGGUGUAUAAUCACACUGUGGUAUUCAAGAAAAAUAAGAGGCUGAUCGUGGAUGGAAGGGAAACCAAUACUCCCGCCUCACCGACUGCUGGUCUAAACAUCUGGGAGCAUUCCUCUCGCAUCUACCUGAAGACUGACUUUGGCCUCUCAGUGGAGUUUGACGGUCGCAGCAGAGCAGAGAUCAUUCUACCACACUUAUAUAAGAGGAAGGUGGGGGGUCUGUGUGGGAACUUUGACGGGCACCGAGUGAAUGACUGGAUGAAGUCAGAUGGUACCAGGGCCAGAAGCCUUGAAGAGUUUGGAGAGAGCUGGAGAGUGUGAAUAUGUAUAAGGAUGAGAGAUGGCACAUAUAAAUACUCUGUGUAGGCUUUGACCACUAGCAGAAACAUCACUUUAACAGAAAAAAAUCAGAGUUCCUUCGGAUUGAAUCUUUUCUUUAGACAACAUUUUCUCUCCUAAACCUAAGCUGCCAAACGCACCUUAACGUUCACAUGACCUGUGGCAAUGAUGUCCGGCUUUCUUUACCUCCAGCUCUUAAGGACAAUAAAUACAGGAUGUUUUAAGUGAAAGCUCUUAGAGGGCUACGCCUAUAGCCAUAGAAUCUAGAGUUACAAUCCGUAACUAAUGUUCCACCCUGCACUCACAUCAGUCAGUUGCAUCAAAUUAUAAAAAAAGAAAAAAGUAGAAACCUGAAACAUCUUUGCUUAUUCAGGAUAUUAUGGAACUCUGCGACAAUAUAUCAGACUUCUGUUUGUGUCUUAGCUAAGCAAACAGCUGAGCAUUUGCUUUAUAAAACAUUAUGAUUAUGCAUGACUACAUGGGAUUAUUUAUUGCUAUCCCUUAAUGUUGGAAAGACACUCAAUGUGCAAUAAAUUAUUAUUCAACAUAUUGCUUGCACUUGG